UGUAUCAUUACCAGCUGUCUAAUUCGAUUUAAACUCAUAAAACAGGUAUCACAAGUUCACAAGCCGUCAGGCAAUAUUUAGCAUGACCACUAUGACGAGCCACUGAAAUACCUACGACGGACGAUAAAGGCUAUAUGUUUGAACAUGAGCCAGUGAGAUCUUUAGUCAGUGCUGUUCACUCGCGCAAUAUGCAGUUAAUGUUCCUCACAUUUAUGUGUGUUAGUUUAACACGAAUUGUUGAUAGUCUCAAAACAAAUAAUACGUUUUUUUACUUCGCUUAUGGCAGUAACUUAUUGGCGAAGCGGAUUCACAUCAAUAAUCCAUCAGCGGUCUUCUACAGCGUCGCUAGACUCAGCCGCUACAGAUUAGACUUCAACAUGAUCUCAGACACUUGGAACGGCGCUGUGGCCACCAUCGUUGAAGACGACGAUGAUGAGGUGCUGGGCAUUGUCUGGGCCCUCAACAAGGCCGAUCAGCAUCUUCUAGACGAACAAGAAGGCUUAUCCCUUGACUGGUACUUCGCCAAGAAUGUAACAGUGACCACUCCAACUGGCAGGAAGAUAGUGGCUCGCACCUACGAAGAAAUUGAAGAUACGCCAAAGCUCGAAAAAGGAGCUAUUCGUCCUCUAGACAGAACACCUUCCAGCACAUAUCUUGAGGUUAUUUUCCUGGGUGCUAUCGAAGCAGGCCUCCCAGCGGCGUACGUCGCUCACUUAAUAUCUUUUCCUACUAAUGGCAAACUAGCGAGUUUAGAAAUAAGGGAUCAGCUUGGUUAUCCAUUCAACUGAAAAUGAUAACACUGCUACAAUGUGAUUAAAUUAUGUCUACUGUCAAA